ACCGGACGAGGAGGUAGUCUCUUCAUGCUAAUUUACCGGAUAACCGAGGCGGAGCUUGAACUUUCAAGUAGUCAAGGUCCCACAGCUGCCCACGAGUCCCGGAGCGAGUCCACAGGACAGUGAACCAUGAGAUACACUGGAUUAUUUAUAUCACUGCUUUCUUUUGUUUAUACAUGGGAGAAUCUCGAGGCAGCUUUACCUCAUGUGAUGCGCUAUGAUGUGAUCCGACUCCGACCUCAGGCUCUGAAAGAGCGAGCGAGGAGGAGCGCCUCUGCUCUCAAGAUAUAUCCUGAACAUCUUGAAUAUGAUUUGGCUGUAGAUGGGAGGAACUUCACAAUUUCUUUGCACAAAAAUAGGGAGCUUUUAGGAAAACAUUACACCCUCUCACAUUAUACCAAAGAUGGGCUUUCAGAGACAAAGUCUUCAGACAACACUGAUCACUGCUACUAUCAGGGACAUGUCCAUAAUUUUGAGGAAUCUUCAGUCAGUGUUGGACUUUGCUCUGGCAUGGAAGGGUUUCUGAGGGUCAAAAAUCAAGUUUACUUGAUUGAGCCCCUAGAAGAGUCUGUGGAUGGUGACCAUGCAAUUUAUAAGCAAGAGCAUUUAAGGACCAAGCAAGGGGUCUUUGGAUACAUUAAUGACACCGUCUAUGACCUUGGUCCAAAGUCUAGUGGGCUGUAUAAAGGCAAAAAUAUGAAAAACAAAGCCCCCGUAGGAGGACAGCGGAUUGUUGAGAUGGUUUUGGUCAUUGAUAAUACAGAGUACCAGAAGUUUGGAAGUUUCAAGAAGAUUGAAGAAAGAAUGAUGUUGGUUGCAAAUCACGUAGACAAGCUUUACCGGCCUUUAAACUUACGUGUCAGGUUGGUUGGGCUUGAGAUUUGGUCUAAUAGAAACCUGAUUGAUGUCAGCGAUAUACCAAAAGUUACUCUGGAACGAUUUCUACUAUGGCGUCAAGAUAGCCUUCUCAAGAGGAAGAAGCAUGACAAUGCCCAGUUUGUUACUGGUGUAGAUUUUGAAGGAACAACAGUUGGGUUGGCCCCAAUGCAUGCUAUGUGCUCCUCAUCCUCUGGUGCUGUGAAUCAGGACCAUAAUGAAAAUCCCAUUGCAGUGGCAUCUACCAUUGCCCAUGAAAUGGGACAUAAUUUGGGCAUGUCUCAUGAUGAUUCAAACUGUGCAUGCUCUUCUGACAAGGGCUGCGUCAUGUCAGACACCAUUGGGUAUGUUUACCCUGAUUUAUUUAGUACUUGCAGUAAAUCGUCCUUAAAGGAGUUUUUGCAGAGCUAUGACACCAGCUGUCUACUAGAUGUACCAAAUGAGGGUGAAUUAUAUGGAGGCCCAGUUUGUGGAAAUGCUUUUGUUGAAAAGGGCGAGGAAUGUGACUGCGGAACUGUUGAGGAAUGCAACAAUCCCUGCUGCAAUGCCACCACGUGUCGACUAACCCAAGGUGCCCAUUGUGCGCAUGGAGAGUGCUGCCACAAUUGCCAGCUGAAACAUUCCGAUAGCAUAUGCAGAAAGAGUGCUCACGACUGUGAUUUGGACGAGUACUGUACAGGAGAGUCAGCCUUCUGUCCUGAAGAUGAAUAUAAGAUGAAUGGAAUCCCUUGCAAUUAUAACCAAGGCUACUGUUACAAUGGACAAUGUCCUACACAUAAGGAGCACUGCAAGUUGCUGUGGGGAUCAGAUGCUAAAGUGGAUUCUAACAUCUGCUUUCGUAAUAAUGUAUAUGACAGAACCUCCAAGAGUGAUGAGCACAUGAUGUGUGGGAAAAUAUACUGUUAUGGUGGGAAUUCGUUCCCCAUAACCAAUAGAAUAUCAACAGUAACAAUUAAUUCAAAAAACUGCUACAUAGCUGUGGAUUCCUCACCCACAGGUGACUUAGGAAUGGUUCCAGCAGGCACCAAAUGUGACCUUAAUAAGGUGUGUUACCACAACCUUUGCCAAGACAUCAGUAUAUACGGCAGUGAGGACUGCUCUGACAAAUGCAACAGUCAUGGGGUUUGUAACCAUGAGAGGAAGUGUCACUGUGAUCCAGGCUGGGCACCACCUCACUGUGAUGUUCAAUUCUCAGAACGUCAAAAAAUGACAAAAGAAUCUGUGAUAAUUGGUGUGACUGCAUCUGUAGUUGUUCUUGGGUUGAUCAUUAUUAUUGGAGCACUUGUGUGUCACUGGAACAAAAUAACAGAAUUUAGAAAGAAAAGGUCUUUGAAGGACAUCCACACCUCCUCAGGCCAGUGUAAUCAGGCGUUCCAACCAGGAAGUGCAAAGAACAGUCCCAGAUUCACACAAUCACGCAUAAGUCAACCAACUUUCCUCGAGUCAUCCACUACUCUGGCCUGCAAACCUCUUUACUCUCCAGCUACGGCCUCUAGACCAGCACCAAUGCCUCCAAAGAAUGCACCACAAACUAGGACAGAACAGAUUGUGAAGCCUUCCGGCCCACCUCCUGGUAUUUCCAGAAACAUUCAUCCUGUUCAGUUUCAGGCAAAGCCCCUACUUCCACCAACUAAACCACUCCCUCCAUCAAGACCAUUGCCACCACUCACAUCUAAACCUGGGACAAAAUCAAAACCACCUCCAGUGCCUCCUGUGAAGCCUACUGGGUUGCAGCCAGCAUUCAGUCCACCUCAGGUAAUCCAGAAAGUUGCACUGAAGCCUCCUGUUAAGACCAGAUGAUCUGGAACAAUAUGAGUUACUCUAAAUCACUGGGAGCUUCAGAAGAACCUUGGUUAACAAAACAUGGGCAGCAGUUUACAAGCUGAACAAAGUUUGUGUUGUUGUUUUCUGUGGUGUAGCUCUGAAUAAUAAGAUGAAGUUAAGGAGAAGGUAAAGCAGAAUGUAAGAUUUGCACUGUGGGAAUCGCUUUAUUAUUUUGGUACUUUUUGUUGUUGUUGUUUGUUUUGUAAUUUGACUUUCUUUUCCUGUUUAUUUAUUUUAUACUUCAAUUUUAAAGAAUGUUAUUUGCAAAUGUUUUCAGUCCGUUCAGAUUGUGUCUAUGAAAGUCUACAGAGUUCCUCCUUUUAAAGUCACAUUGCUGUCUAAGUGGGGGAUCAAAGGUUCUCUCUUUUUUUUCAGUGUAUUAUGGUACAUAAA